ACUUUUUUUUUCCCAAAUCAAGUCAUUUAAAAAAAAAAAAACCCAAAAACAGUAAAAAGUAACGUUUGCCUUUUCUAUUGCGAUUUUGAGUAUACAUUGCUUUUAGAUCUCUGCGCAAAUUGUUGAGGGCGCAUUUGUUAUCAGAAAGGCCUGGCUCUGGACAGCUAUUUAAACUCCAGCCACCAGGGGGCAGUACAUUCAAUGGCACCUUCACGAGUAGCUGGAGGGUUAACUCAAUCUUCCUCAAGUUCUGGAAUUUUCUUCCAAGGAGAUGGACAGUCCCAGGUUGUAGUUAACACUCACUUGUGCUCACCUUAUGAGAACUCAUCUAAUUUAAUUCCUGGAACUGGGCAUCCUAAUCUGGCUCCUGUUUCGGGGGACAUGAACAGUGCUGUCUUGAACAAUGUGGCGAACUCAGGACCUAGUGUUGGGGCAAGUUCUUUUGUCAAAGAUGCAAAUUUGGCAUUUUCAAGAGGUCCCCAUUUGCAGAGAAGUGCUAGCAUAAAUGCAGAUUCAUAUAUGCGCCUGCCAGCAUCGCCCAUGUCGUUUUCUUCCAACAAUAUAAACAUGUCAGGUUCAUCGGUCAUUGGUGGAUCCUCUAUUGGCCAGCAUGGCUCACAUCAAGACCCCAGUGUCCAACAAAUGCAGCAGAGUCAGCAGCUGCAGCAAGGGGCCUCAAGUGCUUCAUCUUUGCCCAUUUCACAAACUGGGCAAGUUUCACUUACUAUGGGUCCACGAGGCCCAGGGACUUUUGUGCAAGACCCUAAUAUUGUAUCCCAGGUGCAGAAAAAAACUCGAGUAGAUGUCAAGCAAGAAGACAUUCUGCAGCAGCAGGUGUUGCAACAACUGCUGCAAAGACAGGAUUCCAUGCAGUUGCCAGGUCGAAACCCUCAUUUAGAAGCCUUGAUCCAGCAGCAGAGACUUAGGCAACAACAAAUGUUACAGUCAAUGCCACCAUUGCAGAGAGCCCACUUGCAGCAACAAAUGCAAUUGAGGCAGCAGUUGCAACGACAGGACAUGCAGCAAGUAGCCUCAAUAAAGCGUCCCUCUGAUGGUGUAUGUGCUCGCCGGCUAAUGCAAUACCUAUAUCAUCAACGCCAAAGGCCAUCUGACAAUACCAUUGCAUAUUGGAGGAAAUUUGUGGCAGAAUAUUAUUCUCCUCGUGCCAAGAAAAGGUGGUGUUUAUCUUUGUAUGAUAAUGUUGGGAGUCAUGCACAUGGCAUUUUCCCUCAAGCAGCUAUGGAUACCUGGCAGUGUGAUAUUUGUGGGUCUAAGUCUGGAAGAGGGUUUGAGGCAACUUUUGAAGUUCUCCCCAGACUUAAUGAAAUCAAAUUUGGGAGCGGAGUGAUUGAUGAGCUUCUGUUUUUGGAUUUGCCUCGUGAAUGUAGAUUUCCUUCUGGAAUAAUGAUGCUGGAGUAUGGAAAAGCAGUUCAGGAGAGUGUAUACGAGCAGCUUCGUGUUGUUCGUCAGGGUCAGCUUCGUAUCAUAUUCACUCAGGACUUAAAGAUAUUGUCCUGGGAGUUUUGUGCACGUAGACAUGAAGAACUUUUGCCUCGUCGUUUAGUUACACCUCAGGUAAAUCAGUUACUUCAGGUGGCACAAAAAUGCCAGAGCACAAUUUGCGAAGGUGGAUCUGAGGGGGUUUCUCAGGAGGACUUGCAAACGAACAGCAAUAUGGUUCUGACUGCUGGACGUCAGCUUGUGAAGAGUUUGGAGUUACAGUCACUGAAUGACUUGGGUUUUUCAAAGAGAUAUGUGAGAUGUUUGCAGAUUGCUGAGGUUGUCAAUAGCAUGAAAGAUCUGAUGGAUUUUUGUCGAGAACACAAGUUUGGGCCAAUUGGGGGCUUGAGAAACUAUCCCAAACAUGCCACUGCAGCCAAGCUCCAAACGCAGGAAAUGGAGCACCUAGCAAAUGCUCAGGGUCAGCCAACUGAUAGGAAUACCCUCAACAAACUGAUGGCAUUACAUCCUGGAAUAAACAAUCCAAUGGGCAGCAGCAAUCACAUUGCUGGUGGAGGAGCCUCAAGUGGUUCAGCUCAAGCUACUUUGGCACUUACUAACCACCGGAAUCUGCUCCGUAGGCAGAAUUCAGUUAAUUCAAGCCCCAACUCACAUCAUCAGGAAACUUCAUCUUCCUUCAAUAAUUCUAUUCAUAGUCGAUCAAUUUUCCAAGGGUCUGUGGCCUUGUUACCAGGAUCCAUGCAGUCCCUGCCUGUUAGUGGCCUAUCAAGCCCCAGUUUAGCAGCUCACCAGCCUACAGCCAGCACUAAUGACUUAAUGAAACAGAACCACCCAGAGUCUUCUCAGGAUAACCAGGCUUUACAACAACAAAUGAUCCACCAGCUACUCCAUGAGAUGUCUAAUAACAAUACGGGAGGUCAACAGCAAUCGUUGAGUGGGCAUAAUGGGACUGGAAGUGAGGGAAGAAAUGGAGUAUGCUUUGGAAGUAAUGCCCCUGCUUCUGCUGCAGCUACCUCUAAUGUAUCAGGUGGUGUUGCAGGCCCUGCACCAAGUCAAAGCAACAGUUUUAAAGCUGCUUCAAACAGCGACUCUUCAGCUGCUGGUGGCAGCAAUGUAUUCACGCGGGGAAUACCAGAUCUGCCUCAAAAUCAGCUCCAUUUCCAGGAUGAUAUAGUUACAGAUAUAGCUCAUGAGUUUACAGAAAAUGGUUUUUUUAACAGUGACCUUGACGAUGAUCAAGGUUAUGGGUGGAAGGCAUGAGUAAACGUGGUUUGGCUCAACACCAAUUAAAAAUGGCUUCUGAUGGGUGAGUAUUGGCAAAUCGUUGUACAGAAAUUUUGAAAUAGCUGCGCUUUUCUUUAUUGUUUUUCUCUUCGGGCUUCUUUUAACAUGCCAUCACUGUGACAUCACUAGCUUUGUUCUCCAGGUGAUCUUUUUCCUUUCUGAUCCCUUUAUUUUCCAAGCUUUUCCAGUUUUCAAGUCUUGCAAGUGUAAUCUAUUGAACGAACUUGAGAACAGAUUUAUUCUCUCAUAAUAUGAUAUAUUACAUGUUUCAUUGGACAGCGUUUAUGAUUCA